CCUAUUUGACCUUAGAGGGGGUAUGUACUUCCAAUUUAAUUUUCGUUGAAUUCGAAUAAAGAGAAUCGCAAAUACUAUCGAUUCGAAAAUUGGGGUGUAUAUUGGGUUUGAUGAAAAAACGGUCGAACGGGGCAAAUCAUAUUUAUGUCACUUGCUGUCGCGGGAGGACGAGUAUAUUUUAUUAUCUACCGUCGAUCUGUUAUCUACUAAUGUAACAAAUCUUGAUAUUAUCAGCGCAUUGAAUAUACUCGUCAAAUAAAAACUUAAGACAAAACAUUCAUUUUUGCAGCUUCAAAAAAUUAUUCAACUUGUUCGCACGCACCGUGCGUUGUAUAUAUCCGAUCCGAGAAUUCGAUCGCUCAUCUGCUCAGUUCAGCUAUCUGCGCGCGGCGCGGCGCGCGCGCACCAGUACCGAAGCUAAAGCUGCGGCGCAUAGAGGUAUGAGCUGGAGGGACUCGAUGCCGUACGUACAGAUGCUACGCUACAUGUGCCAUAAAUUCUCGCAUGGACAAGAGACAUCCAAAAAUGGCCCACAGACCAAAGCGGAAACGUGUAUGUAAGAAUGCAGCAGAACCCUUAUAUAUCUACUGGAUAAAGAACAAACAAGAUCCACCAGGGACUGAAGUCAAGUUUGUUAGUGAUGUUAUAGGAAAUGGACUGUUUGCUACAAAGACUUUUCAAAAGGACACCUUUAUAGUAGAGUAUGGAGGGAAGCUAUUGAGAGGAAACAAAUGCAAUGACAAGGAAGAAACAAAGAACAAUGACUACAAAUUCUACUUCAAACACAGAGAAAUAACACAUUGCAUUGAUGCCUAUGACUCGAUGACCAAUGGCAGGUAUGCCAAUGAUGCCAAGGGAUUGAAUGAAAAUGCAACUGUGCGGAAGGUGGUUGUUGACGGAAAUCCUCACCUGAUAAUCAUGUCUAAGACAGAAAUUCUUGCAGGGGAGGAAAUCCGAUAUGACUAUGGAAAUCCAAAUGCUCCAUGGAGAGCGAGUAUUAAUAUCAGCAAGGCACCAGAGCCUACAGCAGCCGACACCCUGAUUCAGGAUACUGUCAUGUCACCUGUUGAGCCUGUUCAAGUCAUUAGCAAGGCACCAGAGCCUACACCAGCCGACACCCUGAUUCAGGAUACUGUCACAUCACCUGUUGAGCCUGUUCAAGUCAUUAGCAAGGCACCAGAGCCUACACCAGCCGACACCCUGAUUCAGGAUACUGUCGCGUCACCUGUUGAGCCUGUUCAAGUCAUUAGCAAGGCACCAGAGCCUACACCAGCCGACACCCUGAUUCAGGAUACUGUCACGUCACCUGUUGAGCCUGUUCAAGUCAUUAGCAAGGCACCAGAGUCUACACCAGCCGACACCCUGAUUCAGGAUACUGUCACGUCACCUGAUGAGCCUGUUCAAGUCAUUAGCAAGGCACCAGAGCCUACACCAGCCGACACCCUGAUUCAGGAUACUGUCACGUCACCUGUUGAGCCUGUUCAAGUCAUUAGCAAGGCACCAGAGUCUACACCAGCCGACACCCUGAUUCAGGAUACUGUCACGUCACCUGUUGAGCCUGUUCAAGUCAUUAGCAAGGCACCAGAGUCUACACCAGCCGACACCCUGAUUCAGGAUACUGUCACGUCACCUGAUGAGCCUGUUCAAGUCAUCAGCAAGGCACCAGAGCCUACAGCAGCCGACACCCUGAUUCAGGAUACUGUCAUGUCACCUGUUGAGCCUGUUCAAGUCAUUAGCAAGGCACCAGAGCCUACACCAGCCGACACCCUGAUUCAGGAUACUGUCACAUCACCUGUUGAGCCUGUUCAAGUCAUUAGCAAGGCACCAGAGCCUACACCAGCCGACACCCUGAUUCAGGAUACUGUCGCGUCACCUGUUGAGCCUGUUCAAGUCAUUAGCAAGGCACCAGAGCCUACACCAGCCGACACCCUGAUUCAGGAUACUGUCACGUCACCUGUUGAGCCUGUUCAAGUCAUUAGCAAGGCACCAGAGUCUACACCAGCCGACACCCUGAUUCAGGAUACUGUCACGUCACCUGAUGAGCCUGUUCAAGUCAUUAGCAAGGCACCAGAGCCUACACCAGCCGACACCCUGAUUCAGGAUACUGUCACGUCACCUGUUGAGCCUGUUCAAGUCAUUAGCAAGGCACCAGAGUCUACACCAGCCGACACCCUGAUUCAGGAUACUGUCACGUCACCUGUUGAGCCUGUUCAAGUCAUUAGCAAGGCACCAGAGUCUACACCAGCCGACACCCUGAUUCAGGAUACUGUCACGUCACCUGAUGAGCCUGUUCAAGUCAUUAGCAAGGCACCAGAGCCUACACCAGCCGACACCCUGAUUCAGGAUACUGUCACGUCACCUGUUGAGCCUGUUCAAGUCAUUAGCAAGGCACCAGAGUCUACACCAGCCGACACCCUGAUUCAGGAUACUGUCAUGUCACCUGUUGAGCCUGUUCAAGUCAUUAGCAAGGCACCAGAGCCUACACCAGCCGACACCCUGAUUCAGGAUACUGUCACGUCACCUGUUGAGCCUGUUCAAGCCUACAGCCCAUCUCAAGUCAUUAGCAAGGCACCUUAUGAGUCUAUUUCAGCAUGCAACCAGACUGAGAAUGAUAACAGUAGGACAACAGAUAAAUCUAGUCCAAACUGCACUCUAACAGAUGAUACGAGCAUCGGUGGCUCAAGUGACGAAAAUACCAAUGACUGCGAUGGAAUGUUCACAAUCAAACGGCGGCAUUUGGAAAGUUUUACAGAUGAUGAGGACCGUGACCCUGACUAUAUCCCGUCUGACUGUUCUAACAUUCAAUCUGAUUCUGAAGGGAGCAUUGAAUUUCCCCUCACCACAGCGAAACCAAGUGUGGAAAGUCGUCAGUGCAAUGAAGACAAGAGCAUUGCUUCUGACACUUCUCAUCAGGAGAAUAACUCUGCAAGUGAUAGAAAGAAACAUUACAAGAAACCCUACCGUUUCUGUAUAUAUUGUAAAAUUUUUAGAAGCAAGCUUUCUGAUCACCUCAAGAAGAAACAUAGUGAUGAACCUAGGGUCAAAUAUGCACUCUCUCUGCCUAAAGGCGAAAGAGAUGUUGAAUUUGCGAAUAUAAAGAAAGAGGGAACAUUUGUAGUUAACAAAAGGAGAGUGAAAGAAAAUGAAGCAUCUUUUGAGCGUGAAAGGGGGCCUAGCAGCUUAUCUCCAGAUGAUAUUGUCAUAUGUGGCACAUGUUCUGGUGCCUACGCCUCCAGUUACAUCAGAAAACACAAACGACUGUGCAUGAGGAAAAGUGAUGCAAGCAAGCCUGCUGGAAAAAUUCCUAUAACUCUUCUUAAGAUACCAGAUCCAGACAGUGAUUUUGCCUAUGAGAUUUUGGGCAAAUUUAGGAAAGAUAAAGUGGGGAGGAUAUGUCAGGAGGAUCCAGUGCUACUUGAAAUAGGGAAGAGACUCUGGUCCAAGCAGAAGAAAAAAGUGGACAAGAAGGUCCAAGUCAAGAGGUCAGUAAUGACAGAUAUGCGUAGGUUAGCCUCACUGUAUGUGAUAUUUGAAGAGAUGCAGGAGACAUUAGGUACCCUACCGAUAAAGGCAAACAACAUCUCAGAUAUGAUGCAGCGUGCAAAUUUUCGCCAUCUGGAAGAAGCUUUGGAACGAUAUACAGAGAGAAAUGAAGAAACUGACAGUGUCACCGGUGUCAAAGCAGGACUGAAACUUGGGAUCUACUAUCUACUCAAGUCAGCUGCGAAAAUACUGAAAGCCACAUAUUUGAUGGAUGACAAUGACAGAGCAGCUGAGGAUUUGGACAGAUUCACAGCAGUACUUGAAUUACAGCAUAACCACAUGUUUGGUGAUGCCACAUACCUCUUAAACAAGAGAAGAGAAGAGAAACUGAGAAGACCCAGUGACCAGCCCCUCGAAACUGACAUCAAAGCGAUCAGAAACUACACUACGGAGACGAUUAACGACAUUGUCAUGGAUGAGUUUAAAUUCAUUGACAAACACAAGUUCGUUGAGCUCCGCGAUUGUGUUGUCACAAGGUUGACCCUUUUUAAUGCAAGAAGGGGAGGAGAACCCAGUAGGUUGCACGUAUCCCACUGGAAGGAUGCAAAAAACGGCGUCUGGCUUGACCAGCAGCAAUUAAAUAAUCUAGAUCCGAUAGACAGACGUCUAGCACAAGAACUGAAAGUAGGCUACCAAACAGGCAAGGGGAAGCAUUUGGUGCCUAUCCUCUUUCCCAAAGACACACAUAUUGCUCUUGAUCAACUUAUCAGCGAAGAUGUGAGAUCUGCUGCUUCAGUGAGAGAAGACAAUACUUACCUGUUUCCCACAACCGGCACAUCAGAUGGGCAUGUGUCUGGAUGGCAUGCGCUAGACAAUGUCUGUGAGAAGGUACAUCUUGAAAACAGGCGCACAAUUACUGCUACAAAGAACAGACAUAGGAUAAGUGUCUUGUUUGCACUUGCUGAUGUUCCAGAAGCAGAGCGAGGCUUCAUAUUUAAGCAUCUCGGCCAUUCUGCAGAAACAAAUCGUAACAUCUACCAAGCGCCACUGGCUGUGAAAGAGAUAACUGUCGUGGGAAAACAGCUUCAGAACAUGGAUGGUUCAGGUGGCAGCAUGGGAGGAUCCUCAGCUGGGCGUGGGUCAUCCAGUGGUGGGUUGAUUUCAAGUACUUCAUCUACCAGCGCGGGUUUUGAUUUAUCUACUUCUGCAAGUAGUUCAUUCCAUGGAGAAGGUGACAACAUGGAAAGACCUGCUGCGACCAGAUCCAAUACAUCAUCUAAAGCUGAAUCGGUGACAAGUUCAUCAGAUACCGGUUUCAGUUGCAGCCAGCCUGCUCCUUCAAACAGUGGCAACCUGUCCGAUGCUUCAGCCAGUUUUUCACGGGUCGAGAAAGAGCGCAAGUACACAAGGUGGGCAAGGGAAGAACAAAGGAAGGUGGAAGAACAUUUUCGACUCUAUAUCCGCGGAGAAGCCCCCAAGAAACUUCCAGGGAAGAGAGAGAUCAUGGAAUUCCUGCGAGCGAACCCAUCAUUCCCUCACCCCUACGGUACAGUACGGAACAAACUCAUGAAUGAUGUGUAUAAUAAAAGGGAAAAGAAGUCACUUGAGAUACAUUGAACUUUUGCUGCCAGUUCUUUAGAAACCAUUGGCCAAAGAGAGUUAAGGAAUAAUCAAAAUGGAAAACCGUGUCUUGAACCUGGUUUUCAUAUUUUGGGGAAAAAAGAGACACAGGAAGACCCCUGCUUGACCGAGUUUGCCCAUAGGUAGAGACAUAAUAGAAAUACAUAUGAUUGAAAAUCAUCUUCAGCUCUCUGCCUUUGCACAAAAUCUUGGUGAAAGAUUUCUUCCCGCCCCUCCCAAAUACGGCCGGAAAAGACAAGUUUGCCGGGGGGGGGGGGUCAAAAUUGGAUGAUGACAUGUUAUGUAUAGUAGUCUCGAUUCACUUCAUCGAUUUAUCCAAUUUACUUGAUGCAAAUGGAUCCUAAAUUGAUUCACAAAAUCGCAAAAACAGUCACAAAUUGAUACUCUAAUGGAGUUGAAAAAUAGAUAUAAUGACCAUAGAUAAUGACAGAUUCAUGACAUUUCCUCACGUAACUUUCCAUAAAAAGUGUUAUAAACUGCAAGUUUGAUGUCCCCUUUUGAAACGAACCGUCAUAAUUUAUUCAGGACACAACAAUAACACUGUAUUUAUCGGUCAAGAAUGUAGAGCAUCUUCAUGAAGAAUAGGGCAUUCCAGCUAAGAGUGAAUGGAAAGCCGACGAGGCCGGUGAACUGAACAAUAGCAUGGCACGUUUGGUGAAUAAAUUAGGAGCAUCGGCAAAUUCUGUCAAAAAGCGAUCACCAAAUUUAAUAUACAUUCAUAGCACAGCUUGUAUAUAUAAAUCCAGCCAUUGGGGGAAUAAACAUCGUUAUAAUCCAUAUCAUGAGGGGAAUUUGGCGUUUAGAGAAAUUUCAUAAAAUGACAUUUAGUUGUAUGUUCCCUUAUCUGAGCUUGUCAUGUUUAG